GCGUUUUUGAACUUCGAGAGUACGCAAAUGAUUGCAUGGAGUAGGUAAUUUCAAACAUUGGGAAGUUUUCCGUGUUUUACGCAAUAUACCAUGUUCCAUAAAUGCGGACAAAUCCGUGAUUUUUUUCUAAUUGAGAGGAGAAAUAUGAUCCCUAACACGUAGAAACGUAUUUUCCAUUCUGUGAUUGAAGUGUUUAAUAAUCAAAGUUGUGUAUGGGUACUCAUCAAAUAAAAUAAAACGACAAUCAUAGGCUAUAUCAUACUGCCAUAUACAAUGUAGGCGUAUCUUGAAAUACUUAGGCUAAAUGCAUGUGCAGUUGCACUCAAGUUGUGCACGUAGUCAUGCACCUUGACUUUGUGCGUGAAUUUGCAGCGUGUCACUUUGCAGCGCAAGGUCAACAAUUACGUCAUUGCUGCAAAGUGACACGUUGCAAAGUAAUAUGCUGCAACCAAAAUGCAAUGUACAUUCGUCUUAAUGCAUUAUCAUUCAUAAUAGAUUAUCAUUAUUAUUAAAUAUGAAUAUUAUAGAAGACACCAUUUGAAACCAUAGGCCUAAUUUGUACCACAUGAUAGUCGGACUAUAAUUAAUCCUAAGCUAUAUAGUAGGCUAAAUGGUUGCAAGAAGACCAAUCCUUUGUGCAUGAGGGCCUUGGAUUGCCUUCGAUUUUCCCGGGCAUAUUUCAAAACCGGUUCACCCGGGGCUCGCGCUUUCUUUAUAUAAAUGCUGAUGGCCAUACGUUUUUGUGUAUAUGCAUUAUUUGUCAAUCAUGGCAACACCUACAAGAUCUCGCUACUCCGAGGAACAACUGGACAUGCUCGUGUCACUAGUUGAAAAAAGUUGGGAUGUAUUAGAUGGCCCCCUUGGAGUCACUCCACUACACACCUCGGCAAAUAGGGACAAAAUUUGGUCAAACAUAGCUAAUAAAGUGAGCGCGGUAGGGCCAUCACCAUGGUCGGCAGAAAAGAUUCAGGUAGGCUCAAAGGACUCGUUAGAGCUCUUCGAAUCAAGGUUAUAUAUUAGAUUAUAUCUAGUUUACCAUGUGCAGUUACCUGCAAAACCAAAUGGUCUCAGGGAAUGGUCUAAACUUAGUUUAUUUAAAUCGGAAUAUUUUCCAGGGUAAAUGGCGAGAUGUUACAAGUAGAACAAGAAUGAAGGCAAAUAGGAUAAGAGCGAAUGCUAACAGAACGGGUGGCGGUCCUGGCGUGAAGUUAGAGGUAUUAAGACCCCUAGAAGAGCGUG